AUGGAAGCCAACAAUUCAAUCAAUCAAAUCGACAAUCACAUCAACGAUGAUGGUGAUCAGAACUCAUUUCCGAGCCACCGUCAUCAGAUCAUCACCUAUUCAAGAAAGAGAAAACACUCUCAAUCUCAGGUAAUCACACCAAUCAAUUCAAACCAAGUAAACCCUCUUUCCGAAUCAUCAGUUCUAGGGCUUGUUCUCCUUGCUCAUACGUUCUCAUACAAUAUUCAAAACCUCACUGAGUCUCUCCUUCUCGAAAUCCUCGCAAGAUUGCCCCUGAAAUCACUUUUUAGGUUCAAAUGUGUUUGCAAACAGUGGCUAGACCUAAUUUCUCAGCCUUCAUUUUCCCGUUUCUAUUGCUCUCGUAUGCUCACAGCCAGCGCAUCGUCAUCAUCCAUACCUUUCAGAAUUUUAUAUAGGUACAUUUAUGUGUCGAAAUUCACAGACGUUCUUGAUCGAUUCCGUCCCGAGACUUACAAUUCCUCAAAAUUCUCUGUCCUUUUUCUCUCUACUAUCGAAGAACAACAACAAUCUGAUCAAUUCAAAGUCUUGGGUGUCAGCAAUGGCUUGGUUCUAUGUUGUUUAUUGGGACCUCUGGUUUACUAUGUUUGCGAUCCGGUAACCAGACAGUCGGUUACUUUACCUAGACCAAAAGACAGAUCCACAAAUCGCCACCCAAUUUUCUUCGGCGAGGGAUUUGUUAGUAAAGUAAACGAAGACAACGUUCUCAUAAGCUACACCGUUGUCAGAGUAGAACUACUCAGUUCACCCUCAAACUAUCUCAAUCUAGAAACUUUUUCAUCUGAUACUGGAAAAUGGGCCGAUUAUAAGUUACCCUGUAGUAAACCAAUAGCUCUUCUGAAACGAGGUGGAGGUCCUAUCACCUAUAAGGGCAUCCUUCAUUGGUUUGUUGACAUUCAUGGCAUGGUUGCUUUUGAUCCUUAUCGAAAUCAAAAAUCUUGUCGCGUUAUUCAAUUCCCAGAUGAAAGAGACAUUGACAGUGAGUACGAAUAUGAAGGGCUUUAUCGAUUAUGUGAUGAAACGCAAGGUAAGCUUCGAUUUUUCGAGGUGUCACCUGAACCUUCUUCAUUUUACUGUUUUAGCAUGUGGGUUUUGAAAGAUUAUGAGAAAGGAGAAUGGUGUUCUGAGUUUAAAGUGACUCGGAGUGAUCUUUCAUCUUCUGAUCCUGAGUUAACCUCCUGGUUAAUGACUGCUAAUUUUCUUCCAUUAUCUUUCAACCCUUUCGAUCUGAAUAUUGUUUACCUGAGGUGUGAGGAGCUUAAUUGUGUUGUAUCCUAUGAUAUCGAGAAUAAAAGUCUAGAUGUGGCUUGUAAACCUAUCGGUGUUGUUGAAGAUCUUUCAUGGCGAGUGGUGGUGCCAUUUGUGAUUCCGAGGUGGCCAACUCCGGUUCCAAUUCCCCGUGUUCCAAAGAAGGCUGUGAAGGGGAAAGGUGCACAUCGCAGGCGUUCGUAUAGAAUCUAUACUCGUUUUUAG